GUAAUAAUGAAGGUCAAUCCGUUCGUCUCCAGCGAUUCCGGAAAGAGCCGCAAGGCCCACUUCAACGCUCCAUCCCACGAGCGCAGACGCAUCAUGUCUGCCCCACUCACCAAGGAGCUCCGCACCAAGCACGGAAUCCGUGCUAUUCCAAUCAGAACCGAUGAUGAGGUCGUCGUUAUGCGCGGACGCCAUAAGGGAAACACUGGACGUGUCCUCAGAUGCUACCGUAAGAAGUUCGUUAUCCACAUCGACAAGAUCACCCGCGAGAAGGCUAACGGAUCCACUGUGCACAUCGGAAUCCACCCUUCGAAGGUGAGGUUUGUAUAAACUAGUUCCGGUGCACAUCGACUCAUCACAACUGUCAGGUCGCUAUCACCAAGCUGAAGCUCGAUAAGGAUCGUCGUGCCCUCGUUGAGCGCAAGGCUGCCGGACGUUCCCGCGUCACUGGAAUCCUCAAGGGAAAGCACACUGACGAGACCGUCAACUAAAUUGUUAUUAAUUACAAAUAAAUUGUUGAUU